CAUUACAUUAUUGCUUCCCUUUACAGAUGCCUCCAAAAACCAAAGCUAUUGAAUUCACCGCCAAGGGUACAGGAACCGCACUUGUACAAAUUGCCUAUCAAUACAACAUUUUCGAAAAGGAACCUAAGCCAAGCUUUACCAUCAAAACCACCAAGCUUGACAAAAGCCGGCCAACACAUUUGGAAAUGUUAGUAUGUGUCAAUUAUGAGGGCGAUGGAGAAUCCUCCAACAUGGCUGUGUUGGAAAUUUCAACACCCUCUGGUUAUAUAAUCGACGAUGAAAGUCUCAAGGAAAUCAAGGAGCUCAAGAGAGUUAGCAACACUGAACUGAAAAACUCUUAUUCCCUGUUGGUAGUAUAUUUUGAUCAUUUGUACAAAAAUGACGAACAAUGCCUAAUGAUUGAAGCCUUCAGAACUCAUGCUGUAGCCAUGCAAAAACCAGCUCCCAUAGUUUUGUACGAUUAUUAUGAUACCAGCAAAAAGGUGACUUCAUUCUAUGAAAUCGAAUCGAAAUUAUGUGAUAUUUGUGAGAGUGAAGAAGAGUGUAGUAAAUGCAAAUAAGAAAAUUUUUUGUUCUACUUAAAUUAUAUUUAAAUUUUUUAUACGAAAAUUUUUUUAGUUUGUUAUUAAUGCGAAAAUGAUUUCUUUGUUUUAUAUGUAUAGAAUUAUAAAAUUUGCGGAUCUUAAAAGAUUCAUUAACGAAAAACAAUUUGAAUGAAUAAGAAA